ACUUCUGGACUCUAUAGAACCCACUGCCUCCUGAUGAAGUCCCUACUGUUCACCCUUGCAGUUUUUAUGCUCCUGGCCCAAUUGGUCUCAGGUAAUUUGUAUGUGAAAAGGUGUCUAAACGACAUUGGAAUUUGUAAGAAGACGUGCAAACCUGAAGAGGUGCGUUCAGAAAAUGGUUGGGUAAUGUGCGGCAAACAUAGGGCAUGCUGUGUUCCAGCUGACAAACGUUCUGCUUAUCCUUCUUUCUGUGUCCGUGCAAAGACUACGAGAACUUCAACGGUAACAGCAACAGCAACAACAACAACAACAACUUUGAUGAUGACUAAUGCUUUGAUGUCUUCGAUGACUACGAUGGCCGCUACCCCUGUUUCUCCCACUACUUGAACAUUCCAGCCUCUGUCUCCUGCUCUAGGAUCCCCGGCUCAUUAAAGCAAAGAGACUUA